UCUCACUUUCACUCGUUCUCUAUCUGGCAAACCAUGCGCACUCUCUAAGCAAAUUAAAAUAAAUACAUAAAAUUAAAAAUCAUGCAUCUACUCCCAUACCCCCACAUCACAACUAAAUGUUGCACUCUCCCUGCUCAAAGAGUCUGUCUUUUCUGAGUUUCUUUGGGGGAAGUAGAGUGGGGUAGAUGGAUAAAUUGAGAUGGCAGUGGAGUAGUCCCAAAGGCAUACCUUGUUGGAACCUGGCACCAACUUAGACCAGCAAACGGAUAAACAGACACAUGGAUUACACCUGCUCACCCAUCAGGAUUGCAAGUCCCUAAUAAACCAUGUCACCCCGGUUCUGCCUGUCCCAGGUCUGCUGGCCGGCCCCAUAGGCGAACUCGGGUCUGGGUCCCGCCCCUCUGGCCCUACUCCCUCAGUCCUCUCCUCUUUCUGCCUCCAUGCCCCCUAUUCCCACGCGCCGGUCCCCUAGAACUACUGGGGGCGGGAGGCUCGGGCCUCCUGGGCCUGGCAACCGUUCUAACAGCUGGGAGUGGGUGGAGCUGCGGGCGAGAUCUGCCCCCUUCGCCCUCCAGGACCUUCACUCGCCCCUGCUCCUGCCGGGAGGGAACUCCUUUCGGACGCUCCGGUGGCGGUGGCGGUGGCUGUGGCUUCCCCGCCGCCUCCCAGUCACAGCCCGCUCCUUGGCCCCUUCCUCCUGUCAGCUGCCCGCCUGGCUCCCCGGCUUUUUGUGCCCACGACCUCCUCAGCUCGCUGGCAGAAACGGCUUGCCACCAGGCUUUGCUGCCUGAGUGACGGCUGUGCCUCUCUGCAGGCGGUCGUCAGCCUCCACUCCGAGUGUUCCUGCCUGUGGCCAAGGCAGUCCCCAAUGAAACCCCGUCAGCAGACCUGGCUCUCCUCCCUCCCCUUGCCUCCUACACACCUCAGGCCAGGUGAGGCCCAGCAGCCAAGAGCCUGGAACUGGCAUCUGGAACCGGAGCUGUGGGCAAGAUCCCUUCGACAGCAGCUAGACGCCCAGCUGCGCCUCGAUUCAGAGGAGAGGAGGGUAGGUUCAUCUCCUGUGGAGGCCCUUGAAUCUUGGUACUCUGUAUGUGUCCUGGACAGCAAAGGACAGCCUGGGACCUGUCAGAGCAAACAGGGCCAGUUCCUGAAGGCAGUGGCUGAGUCAGAGCAGCCCUCUGCACUGGAGCUCCUGUUAGCUGAGCUGGAAACUCUGUUCGCAGCUGUGCUGCAAGACAGCAGCCCUGCAGCUUGGCGCUACCUGCAUGCAGUACUGGGUCUGCUGCCUCCCUAUCGUGAGUUGCUGGUGGGUCACCUGGAUCUGCUGCCCUUCCUGGAGCAGCUGUCCUGCUGGGCACCCUGGGUGCAAUCCCAACUCCACCUGGACCUGCUAGAUGCCAUGGACAAGGCUUUCCCCCCAGACAUCUCUCUGUUAGACACUGCCUCCCAUGCUGACUGCCAUCCCCAGAAGCAGAAGUUCGGUCGUGUGCCCCCAUGCCCAGCCUGUCCUUUUGUGCAGACAUGGUUGGCUGGGCAGCAAGUAAAGGAGCUGGCCACAUGGUUGCGGCCACUGACAUUGCCUGAGUUCCAGCGCUGCCUGGGCAUUGUCGGUGCUGAAGUGGCUCUAGAAGAGACCCAGUGGCUGGAUGGCCUUAGUCUCCUGCCCUUGGCACUGGCGACAGACAUCCCUGUGCAGUAUGAAAGCAGUGACGCCGACAACGCAGACAAGGGGCCUGAUGAGAGAAGAAAGACUAGGGCCAUACCUGACUAUGCAGUUCAUGGAGAGAAGGCCUUCCAGAGUAAAAGCUCUGGCUUAUUGCCUGAAACUUCUUUUCUGAGUAACCGGCUGACAGCUGUUCUAAAGACAGACAGAUACCUGAAGAAGAUCCACUUCCUCUAUCUCAAUGUGGCUCCCAGCCGCCACUUUAGGCCCUACAGCCUGGUGGUGGUGCCACCUGACAAGGUGAAUCCCGAGCACUACAUCUUCUCUCCCUUUGGGAUCCUGCACGUACACCCUGUGGAGGGCAGUGAGACGAUGACACUGGGAACCUGGCACCGCCACUCUGUCCUCUGGCAACAGCUCCAGUCCAUUCCAUUCUUUAAGUAUUGUCUGUUGCGCAAGGCCUUGACCUGGUGGAAGAGGAGUGUGGGGUUUCAGGGGCUGCAGAGGCUCCAGAUUUUCCUAGAGAAUCAUCUGCUUUUGGCUGUGCCCCACUUUGGAGCUGGGCUGCUCCACAUUAACAGGCUUCUACAGGAGCUACGCUCUGUGCCCUGGCUGCCCCAGGAGCCAGAUCGGUGCUAUGAGCUGCUGGAUCUGAGGAGGGCCCUAGCCACAGAGAACUACAAGGCUCUACAGCGACUGCGUCACUGCCUGAAGCUCUGUACAUCCAUUCUUCAGCUGAUUCAUGAGGACACAUACCACAUGCAGCAGGGCCUGCAGGAGCGAGUGCAAAACUGCAACAGGAUCAGGACAGGCCAAGGCUCCAUAUACCUCCAGAGAGUACUGCGCCAGCAGCUUGAGCAGAAGCUGAAGCUAGCAGAGGCCUGGCUGAUGCAGCUGGGAAAGCUUGCCCGCCUGGUCCACUACAUGAUUUGUCAGAACCUCGUUUCUAUCCUGGAAGAAGAGAUAACCUCUUUUGUGGCCAACAUCCUACAAGCCCCAAGGCAGAAACCCUUUCUCUUAUCGCAGUUGGUCUUCGACAGUUGUGGCCAGUUGUCUCCUGUGCCCUGUAUUGAAAAUAUGAUCCAGGUUAUAACUGGGGCCCUCCAAACCAUCCAGACCUCUGCCUUGCAGGUAGUGAAGUCUACAGAACUGAAGACCUCCUGGGAUUCCCUAUAUUCUGAAGAGGAAGAAGAGGAGGGCUCGGACACAGAACCCCUGAAGCCCAAGUUCCUGGGGCAGCCCAGUGAUGCCGUGCGCAUCUUCUGCGGCCCGAAUGUAGGAUUGGUGUGGCCCUGGAAGACUCACUUAGUUACGGAUACCCUGGAAGUCCGUGGGUACCGUUUGCGGGGUCAGUACCUGCCCCCCAAUUUCAAGCACCUGCAGGAGGACCUGGACAACAGCCCUCAGAUCCAGCAGGCACUGACCACGCAACAGGCACUGCUGGAGGACAUGCUGCAGGAGGUGCAGGAAUUCUGCAAGGAGCAUGGCUGGGUAACAGGCAUUUAUGAAUUCCUGCAGUCCUGGGGCCCUCAGAAGUCAGAGAACAUGAGAGGUUGCCCCAUCAAGGACUACGUGAAUCUGGUGAGCUGCCUGAAUGUUUGGCAGGCCCGCGUCUCCAAAAUGCCUGUCGAGCUGCUCACAAAAGGCAAGGUGCUGCUGCUGAGCUGCCGUGAUGUACAGACAGAGAUGGAAUCCAGACUGGACAGCAUAAGGAAGGACAUCCUUGCACAGGUGCAGGACGAGUGCUGUAGCCGCAGUCAGCAGCUAAUGACACAGUUCACAGACUUUAUGCAGGUCUUCCAGACCAUCAACUCGGACAUCCAUGCCAUUGCACAGUGCUCCCAGAAGUUGAAUGAGGCCAACGAACAGUACACCAAGCUGGAGGAGCGAGUGGAAUACGUACGGUCACUCCAUGAACUCAUCCGCAACCACUUUGGGAUCUUCACUGCUGAGAAUGAGGCACUGGACAUUGGUAGGAGGGCAAUGGGGGAGUCACCCAUUCCUCCCGGGGCCUCGUCCCCACAGCCACAUCUACUCUGAUGCCCUCUGCUUGCCCCACAGCUGUUGGAUGUGUGGGAAGCAUUUCAGUUUGAGAAAAGCCAGGCCUCUGAGUUCCUGCUCAGCAAGCGGCAUGCCAUCGUGCCCAAGCUCCAGCAGCUGAUGGUGGCAGCACUGACGGAGCUAGAAAGCCUGCUUGAGAAGACCGUAUCAGGUCCCUUCAUGGAUCCCACACAAGAGCAGAGGAGCACCGAGCGCCAGCUCCUCUCUCUGGAGCUUCAGUUUCAGAACACCGUCGGCCACCUCAAAGAGCUGCACCAUACCUACACUACCUUCACUGGGGAUGAGAGUCCUGUGUCCUUGCCAAUCUGUGGGACCCGGCCUAUCCUGCAGCAGCAGCGCAUCUGGCACCUGUACCGAGUUAUCUCGGAAAACCUCAGCGAGUGGAAGUGCAUGGCUUUUGCUAAGUUCAGUCUGGCCAUGGCCCAGGAGAAGACAGAAGGCUGGCUGACAGAGGCAGCGCGGAUGAGCACCACCCUGGGGCUGCACAGCCCAGUGCUGCAACGCUGCAUGCGCAUGCUGGAGGAGUUUCGCAGCUACCUGCCGCUGCUUACCAAGCUGGGCAGCCUCCAGCUGCAGAAUCCCAAUUGCCAACCCCUCCUGCGAGCCCUAGGGUUGGACAAUCUCCCCAACAUGGAACUCCUGACACUGGGCCAGCUGUUCAGUUGUCCACUGCUGGAGUUUGCAGAUCGAAUCAACCAGGUCUGGCAGUGUGAAAAUGAACGGAUUCAUGCCCAAGAGACACUCCGGCGGCUGCAGCGCUACUGGGAAGGGCGACAGCUGCGCCUACUCAACUUCAUCCUGCACGUACACUACGAGCCCCCAGCCUCUGAGCGCUCCAAGAGGCAGAUGCUCCGCAGCCCCCCGUGGGAGGUAGUGAGCAAGGAUAGCGGCACCUUCAUCCUCUCAGACUACAGCAGUCUGCAGACUUCCAUCCAGGAAAAUCUUCAGGUGUUGUUCAAGGUCUUGGCCAUCCAAAAGUCAGGAGACUUAUACAAUACAGCACUGGAGUGGGUGACCAUCAUGCAUGGCUUGGGUGCCCUGCUGGAGGUGUGGGUGACUUUCCAGCAGAAGUGGAUUUUUCUGAAUAAAGUUCUGCAUGAAAUGAAGAUCCAGUUUCCUAGCUCUGAGCUGAACUCUCGUUUCAAGGCCGUAGAUGAUCAGUAUCGGACCCUGAUGCGGAUCUCUGUAGCUGACCCCAUGGUUCUGUCACUUAUAGUGCCCAGUGCCAAGAGGAGCCCUUACUUUCAAGGCCAGCAGCUGCAACAGCUGUUGCAAGCAGGAUCAGUGGAGCUGGAGGGCAUCAUCAUGGCUCUGGAGAACGUGCUCUAUGGGGUGUGUGCACACUUCCCCCGCCUCUUCUUCCUUAGUGACAAUGAGCUGGUGGCCCUGUUGGCUGCCUCACCAGAGUCCUGUGAGGCCCAGCUGUGGGUACGGCGUUGCUUUCCUCACGUGCAUGCUGUGAGCUUCCAGUCCAGCCCAACCGAUGAGAAACACCUGGAUGACCGGGCAAUGAGCCAGAGCACCCAGACUCAGAUGGCAGCACUGGCCGUGCUGGGGGCCGCUGGGGAGGAGAUGAAGUUGCAAGGGUCCCUUCCUCUACAUCCAGAUCUCCCCAAAUGGCUGGCCUCUCUGGAAAAGUGUCUGCGCUUGACACUGGUGCACAAGCUGCAGGGCUGUGUGGCUGCCCGCCUUGCUCUGGACCCAUCUCUAAGUGAAGGCCUCAAGCAGUUGCCCCAGAAAAGCCAGUUGCUCCUGCACAUGCCUGUCCACCACUGGCUGGAUUUAGUCCAGGCCUUCCCGUGGCAGUGUGUGCUGGUGGCAGAGGAGGUGGUAUGGCGGGCCAAGAUGGAGGAGGCUCUGCUGGAGGGGGACACCCUGGCCAUGGUUCCCAUGCAUAUACACAAGGUUGAAGUGCUUGUGCACUUUGUGCGGGCCCAGAGGAGCUCCCAGGGUGGGGAGCCUCUGCCCUCUGUCCGCCAAGCCAGCCUGCUCAGUGCCCUGCUGGCCAUGGCAGUGACCCACCGGGAUGUGGCCCGGCUGCUGGAGCAGCACCAGGUCACUAAGCUUACAGACUUCCACUGGGCCCGCCAACUCAAAUAUCACCUCGGGUCGUCUCACGUGAUCCCACACAGCCCCAUGCAGAGUCUCAAGGCUAUUGCGUCUGCUGAGCCUUCUCUGUCUCCAGCUGCAUGUUGGAUAGAUGUGCUGGGCCGGUCCUUCUUAUACAAUUAUGAGUAUCUGGGUCCCAGAAUGGGGCCUCUCCCCAGCCUGCUGCCUGAGCGGCCAGUCCUGGUGUUGUUAUUGGCCCUGGAAGAGGUGGCCUGUGGGACCCUAGUGGGCUGUGAUGGAGUGGGCAAGACUGCCGUGAUGAAUAGUCUGGCCCAGGCCCUGGGCCGCCAGCUAGUGAUGAUGUCCUGCUUGCCUCAGAUGGAGGCCCGAUGUCUGAGCAACUAUCUGAACGGUGCCCUGCAAGGUGGUGCCUGGCUGCUGCUGGAGGCAGCUCAUUACCUGACCCCUGGCUUGCUUUCUGCCCUGGGCCAGCGUCUGAUUGAAUUGCACCAUCUCUAUGCCCCACUGUACCAGGAGGCUUCCCAGAACGCCAGCACCGUAGAUCCCACCCAGCCCCAGCUCCUUGGUAGUGGCUUCUUUGAGAACCAUCAUGUGUCCAUGCGCCUUGGCUAUGGCUGCUUCCUGACCUUGCGUGCCCUGAGCCCUGGUGUGCCUGCCAACCUGCACCUGCUACUGCGGCCUGUGGCAUUGGCACUGCCCAACCUGCAGCAAGUGGCAGAGCUAACCCUGCUGAGUGCUGGGAUGCGGGAUGCCUCCCGCAUGGCUACCCGCCUGUCCAAAUUCUUUUCCCUAGAGCGUGAGCUGGUGCCUGGGCCCCUGCCCUGCCGCUUGCCAUUGCUCAGGCAGGUACUGGAAGAUACAAUACAGACACUAAAUGUGACUAUGAAGGAGCUCAACUCCCAGCAGCCCCGUGGUCUGGCUGCCAUCGAAGAAGCUGCCCUCCUGCGAGCCCUGCUGCGCUCACCACUUUUCAGCAUCCUUGAUGGGCUCCGACUGCACAACCUCCAUGAGCUGCUCUGUGGGCUUUUCCCUAGUGCCAGCCAAGUGCUGGCAGAGCCUCUGACCCAAAGGCUCCUGAAGCCGUUAGUAGUGGAGGAACUGCGGCAGAUAGGCCUGCAUCCCAGCCCUGAUAUUUUGGGGUGCUUGGAGCAGCUGAGUCAGGCCCUGAGCCGGGCCUCAGGCAUUCUGCUCCUGGGCCCUGCAGGUAGUGGAAAGACCACUUGUUGGAGCAGCUUAUUUAAGAUCCAUAAUCGGCUGGCAGCCAUGGAGGACACCUCGACUCACAGCUGGCAGCCUGUGGAAAUCACUCACCUGUACCCCAGUGUCCUCAGCCCCCAAGAAUUCCUAGGAUGUCUAGAGGGCCCUUGCUGGCACUAUGGCAUCUUUCCCAGGCUACUUCAUGCAGUUCACCUUUGUAAUGACAUGGGCCCAAAAGGGCAGACCGAAAAAUUGGUGGGAAUCCAGCACUGGAUGAUAUGUGAUGGAGCCCCUGGUGCUGCUUGGCUGGACUCCAUCACCAGCCUCCUGAGUGACCCUCCCCAGCUUAGCCUCCCCAAUGGUCAGCAGAUAGCACGACCCCCAGGUACCUUUCUCUUGAUGGAGCUGGCAGAUGCGACAGGCAUGUCCCCCAUGGUGGUGGGGCGUUGUGCUCUGGUCUGGUGUGGUGGAGAGCAGACUUGGCAGAGUACACUUAGUGCCCUGAUGGCAGCUCUGCCCCAUGAGUACCGCCUGGAUCUCCAGACAGUCACUGAGCUCAACCGCCUGGCUGACGUUCUGGUGCCUGCAACGUUCCGAUUCCUCGUCCGCCAGGGUGCCAGCUCUCUGCUGCAGGUACAUGGGCAGCAGGCUGUUUGCCCAGGAGUGGCUGAAGUCACCAGUCUGGCCCGCAUAUUGCAUGGUCUGCUUGACCCCUGCCUGCGCCUAGAUGAAGAAGAGAAGGCAUACGGCUAUAGCCUAGAGGACCUCAACUGUAGCGAUCAAGUGACCCAAAGUUUCAAGUCUUUGAAAAGCAGCUCUCGAUCCCAGGCUGACCACAACGAUGUGCCGAGUAGGUGCAGGGAGCACUUGUUGGCUGUCAGCAGUUUUCUUUUUGCCUUGAUCUGGGGCUUUGGAGCUCACCUUCCCUCCAGGUUCUGGCCUCUCUUUGAUACCUUCAUAAGGAGUUCUAUUAACUGCCUCUCCAACUACCCCGAGCUACCACCAUCCACCUUCGUGUUUGAUCUGCAUGUAAGCCCUGAAGAUGGGACGCUGGUCCCCUUCACUGGCCAAUUCCUGAAUAGCCACAUCAAAGGAACUCUGGGCACCUUCUACCCUUCUGCACAGACUGAACGGCUUUUGUAUGUGGUGGACCUACUUCUGUCAGGGGGACAGCCAGUGCUCUUGGCUGGAGAGGCAGCAGCGGGGAAGUCAACCUUCGUGGAGGUGCUAGUGGAGCCUAGUCACCCUUACAUAUACAGCCCCAUCCACCCUGCCUUCAGUUCCAACCACCUUCGCCUCCGAGGAGUCCAGGGCCAAGCACAGUCUAGCGUGUGGUCUGGAUACCAACAGGAUUCUAAAGGCUCCCUCCUCUUCCUGCUGGAGGAUCUGCACCUGGCCGCCUCUGACCCGGAGAAGAGCUGCCAGCCAGUGUGGGAGACUCUGCGCCAGGCUAUAGAUGGCACCGUGUAUGCCCAUAACACCUUGGAAUUGCAGACGCUGCAACCUACAGUCAACUUCCUUGCCACAGCCACAGUGCCAGGCUGCUAUGAACGCCCACUGUGCCCACGUCUCUUUCGACUAUUCACAGUGCUGGCCCUGGACACCGUAACCCAGGCCACCCUGCUGAGCAGGCACGUGCCCAGCAUUCAGGCGUGGCUUGAGCGCUUCCCCUCUGUGGAGAGGGAGGGUGUUCUGGCAAGAGCCCUGGUCCGAGCCUCGGUGGAGGCUCUGGAGGCUGUGUGCAAGUGCUUCAUGCCAUCACCCCUCCACCCACACUACCGCUUCUCCUUGCACUCUGUGAGCCACCUCCUGGGCAGCCUGCAGCUGCUGCCCACCAGAAUGGGCUCCCGAGGAUUUCUGGACUGCCCCAAUCACCUGGAGCACUUGCGCAGGGUGUCAGGCUUGCGCGGCACUCGCCUUACUUUUAUGAUAGCCACGCGCAACAUGGUGCGCCUUUGGUUGCACGAGGCCCAGAGGACUUUUUGUGACCGACUAGACAGCUCCAGGGAGCGCUCCUACUGUGCCAAACUGCUCCUAGAAGUGGCUCAGAAUGUCUUCUGCUGCGGGCCAGAGCCCCAGCAUCUGGGCAAGGACCUGGAGGAGGAAGAAGAGGAGGAGCGAGUGCCUGAAGUGGAAUCUGAAGGGGAGCUGGCUCGGUGGGAGGAUUUAAACAACAGUGACAGUGAGACAGAAGAGGAAGAGAAUCCCUGUGGCCUUCAGGUCACCACAGGCUCACAGUCUAGCGAUCCAAGUCUAGAACCAUCCCUGAGAGCAAUAAGCAGGGAGACCACAGAGAACAUAAAUUACAAGAUAAGGCAAGAGGAGAGCACAAAGGCUUCUAGCUACAAGAUCCAGGCAAAGAAAUCCAGGAGUGGGUGGCAGAAGACAACGCAGGUGGACCUGGUCUCACCUCUGUUGCUUCCAGUGCUCUUACUUCGUCCCCAGGAAAAACCCUCAGACCUGGUCUUUAGUCAGGAACUGAUACUGGCUUCCAGCUCUGAGAGCACCAACUUGUACCUGGAACGGCAAUGGGAAAACCUGGAAAAGCAGCUGGCCACCUCAGCCGCUCAGCUGAAACUGAACCCCCACCUGGCCCAGUGUCAUUCUAUGGCUCAGCACGUAGCUCGCCUCGUCCGGGUGCUGUCCAGGCCCCGGCAGCAUGGCCUACUGCUCUCAGGGUUUCCAGGUACUGGGCGCCAGACUGCCAUCACUCUGGCUGCUGGCAUUUCUCCAACUCGCCUCUUCCAUUUGCCAUCUGGGCCAAAGGAGGCCAUUCUCCAGUGUCUACGAGAUGCCAGCUGGCAUGCUGGCAUUUUAAGCCAGACAGUGGCCCUUCUGGUACCCCAGGGCGUGGAUGUCACUACCCUUCAUUGCCUCCUGGGCUUAGCAACCUCAGGCAGUUGCCCUAACCUGUAUACAGAGGCAGAUCUCGACAGAAUUGAAGAAGACCUCCCUAGAGAGACCCCUGGUAUCAAACAGAACAUCAGGAAAGAAAUGGUGUUGCAGAGGUUCUAUCAACAAGUUUGCGGCCACUUGCACAUGUUCUUCCUGAUUGGAGAUGACCAGGCCCGCAAGCAGCUGCCUUCCACCCUUCUCCUGAGACUCCUUCAACUAACCACUGCCAGCAUUGACCACUAUGAACCCUGGGAACAAGCUGACCUGGUCAAGGUGGCCCAGCACCACCUGGAAGGUGCUCAGAGACUACCUUGUGAUGAUGGCUUCUGGAAGUGCCCAGACCUCCAGACCUCAGUUUCCAGCGUGGCCAAAGCCAUGGCGCUCAUCCAUCUUUCGGCUGCUGAUUACCAUGAGCACCUGUGCCCCAUGUUGCCACUCGUCACCCCCAAGACCUUUCUGGACUUUAUGGACACCUUUCUACUGCUGCAGCAGCAGAUGACCCAGCAGAUAAGGAGCAAGGCCUGGCGGAUCCAGAAUGCCCUGGAGAAUCUGAGAAUGCUGAUCGAGCAGCACAACACUCACACCAACCUGGUCUUCACCUUGGAACAGCAGCUGAAGGGCUCCCGCAAGAGCCUCAGCAUAUUUCAGCAGCAGCUGGAGCAGAGCAAGCACCUGUACAAACGGCAGCUGGCAGAGUGUGAGCACCAGGAGAGCCUUGUUGAGAACCUGGCAAAGCAGCGGGAUUCCCUACAGACACAGCAGGAGGCUUUCCUGGAGCAGAUGGGCAAGGCAUUUCUGGGGCCUCUGAGCCAGCUGCAGGUGGCGGAUUUUGAGGAAAUCCGGAGCUAUCGCACACCACCGGAAUCUGUGGUCCGGGUAACCAAUGCACUGUGUGACCUGUUCCACCAUGAAGCAGGUUGGGCCAGUGCAAAGCAGCUGUUAUGCACUGAAGACUUUUAUCAGGAGCUGGUGUUCUUCCCCAAGGAGAAGAUGACAGACUCAGAGCUGAUCAAGUUAAAUCUGGCUCUGAAGGCUCCAGGUUUAAGUGAUGAAGCCCUGAGGGCCGUUAGCAUCCCUGCAGCAAACCUGGCAGCCUGGCUCUGGGCCGUUUUGCGGUAUGGGCUGGCACAGCGCCGGGGACUGCCCACGGGCCUGCUGCUGCGGCAGGUGGAGGCAGCACUGGCUCGCGAGCAGAGCCGCCUGGGCUACUACCAGUUUCGGACCCAGGAGACCCUGGAGCAUACUUUGACACUGUCUAAGAAGCUGGAGAAUGCCCGAGACUCCUACAGCCAUGUGGCAGAGAGCCUUAGUCAGGCGCGGUGUGGCCGAUAUCACAAAUGGCACGUAAAGGCUGCAUUGCUCACACCCAUGCACUCCUGGACUACACAGCUCCAGCAACUGAAGGGACACUUCAUGACUGUGUUUGGAGAUGCCCUCUUGUGUUCAGCUGCCAUCACCUACCUGGGUCCCUUUCCACCAGUGCGGCGCCAGGAGCUACUGGACAAGUGGUUGGCUCUGUGUAGGGGCUUUCAGCAGCCCCUGGGCCCAGAUGAUGUAGUGCAGGCAAUGAAGCAGAAGCAGAAAUCUGUCAUCAUGCCAAAGACGCCCCUGCUGUCCACGCGUUCUCCCUUCAGUAUUCCAUCCUUGCUGAGCUCUGAAUCAGAACAGAACCAGUGGGAUCGAGACCAGAAGCCCCAGGCAAAGUCAGCCCGCCUGGUGGGCCUGCUUCUGCGAAGUCAGAGCCACUACCGCAGCUGCCGCUGGCCUCUGCUGCUUGACCCCAGCAACCAGGCACUCAUCUGGUUGAAACCGCUGCCUCGGGAAGAGAAUAGAAGCUUGGCACCAGCCUCACCUGAGGAUAGUGGGAGAGGCCUCAAGAGAAAUCAAAACAGAAGGAAUAAAGAGAACACAGAGAAGGAAGAUGUUGACAGUGAAGAAGAUGAGUCUAAGGACCAGGAAGAAGAGAGGAAAGCAGAGGAGGAGAAGAACAAAGAGGAGAUGAUGGAGCAAGAACAAGAGCAAAUGGAGAAUGGAGAAGGAGAAGAGGAAGAGGAGGAGAGUGAGACAGAGAGAAAGGGGUCAAAGCCAGCCUCCGAAGCUCAGUCUCCACCUCUUCCCAAUCUCACUGUGCUCUCAGGUGCUGACCCAGAGCUGGGUCCUCAGCUCCAGAGGGCAGCUGCUGGUGGCCUGCCUGUGCUACUGACCAACAUGGAACUGGGCCUAGAAUGCCAAGAACUACAUUGGUUGCUGCAGCGGGAGCAGCUGAGCCCACCCCAAGUGCAGCCUGGCUUCUGUCUUUAUCUGAGCACUACCCUCCCCCUCCAUGCCUUGGAAAAAGUGCUAGGUUGUAAACUUCUAAAAGGGCUGAAUGUGCUGGAUCUGGGCCUGAACAUGAAAAUACUAGAAGAGCAGAUGCUGCAUGAAAUUGUGUACCGAGAGAGACCUGGACUUGAGACCCGCUGGCAGGACCUGAAGAUCGGAACUAUAGAUACCUGUGAAGCCAUGGAGAUUGCGGAGGAACGACUGCUCACGAUGCUGCUGUUCAAGAACCAAAAGCAACUGCAACCAUCCAAGUUUCUGCGGCACCUGGUGAGGGCCCAGGCGGGGCUGUGUCAACUGCGUGCCCAUUUCGAGGAGCUAGAGGAGCAGAGGCUGCAGGAAGUGGCAUUGUGGGAACCCUAUCAGUGUGUGGUUCAGCACGGAAUGGCCAUGAUAAAGGCCCUAAGCCCCCUGCAGAACCUGCUGCCCUUUUUCCGUAUGGGCCCAGAGAACUGGCUGACAGCCACCAAGCAGGCCCUGGACAGCAUGAACCCAAAUGAGAUGCAGCAUGGGGAGGACCUGGCCAGCCAUCUGCUGCAGUUGAGAACACACCUGACCCGCCAGCUACUGGGCAGUGCUGUGGCCAUGGUGGGCCUGACCCACGUACGCUUGGUGGGUGCUUUGGGAGCUUUGGCUCUGCUGCAAGUGACGAAAAAGGCAUCAGAGCUGGAGAUUCUGGCCUUCUGGCCUGGACUGGCAGCCUCUCCCAGCAUAGGUCAUGGCAAACUAGUUCCAGAUGUGGCCCGACCAGCCUGGCUAGGGCCGAGAGCUUGGCACGAGUGUGGGUUGUUAGAGCUGCUGCCCCCAUUUGCUGGGCUGCGUGCAUCCCUGGCAGGCCAUUCCAGUGUUUGGCAGGCUUACCUGUCACUGUCAUCCACAGUGCUGGGUCCUGCACCUGGGCCAGGACCUGGGCCACUCAGUCUCCUUCAGAAGCUGAUCCUCUGGCGUGUGCUCCGACCUGAGUGCCUAGCAGGAGCCCUAGCAGACUUCACCACCAGCCUCCUGGGCCGGCCCCUAGAGGAAAACCUGGGCGCCCACACCAUCCCCUUUGAACAUAGUCAGGCUAUUCGGCCCAUGCUGAUCUUAUUGCCACCAGCUGGUCACCCCACGGCCAUCCUGCAUCCGCUGACUGUCAUCCAGAAACUGGCUGCCACACAUGAGCAGGGGCAGAAGCAUCUGCAGGUGAUAGCCCUGGGUUCUGAAGCCUGGGACCCGGUCUCAGCUGUGGUCAGCAGGCUACACCAGGCUAUGCACAAGGGGCACUGGCUUGUGCUGGAUAACUGUCAUCUGAUGCCCCAUUGGCCUAAAGAGCUGCUACAGCCCUUGCUGGGGCUGUCAGAUGGAGCUCAGGACCUGGAAUUGGAGCUGCUUUCAGUCCAACCUGAAAGGAAUAGGAUCACUGUCCACAGAGAUUUCCGACUUUGGCUUAUCGUGUCUGCAGAGGCCAGUGCUUCCUUGCCAGCUGUGCUGACUCAGCGAGCCAUGCCGGUUUUCUGGGACCAGUCUCUGGACCUGGGCCAUGUCUUGAUCGACAGUGUGGAGCUAGCGCAGCAAGGACUCCACAUGCAACCCUCGACCCAGACUUUGCCUCUGGUCCUGUUACACAGCCUCCUGCUACACCGGCAGCUCUAUGGAAUCCGGCUGCAGGCACACAGGGGGCGCUGGAGUCAAGCAACCCUGACCCAGGUGCUUCAGACCCAAGGUCAGCUGUGGGCCAGCCUCAGCAAUCCCAGUGUUGCCAUGCAGGAGCUGACUGCCUCAGUUUUCUAUGGGGCUCCAGUGGGGGACGUCAACGACAGGGAGGCUCUGAUUAGCCUCGUGAAAGCCUGCCUGAGCCCCAGGAGUGGGAGCGGGGUCCAACCACACACACCCCGGCAUCUGCUGGCCACGCUGAUGCCCAGCCCAGAGCUCGGGGAGCCGGAUGCGAUCGCCGAGUGCAAGGCCCAGAUGCGCCUACUGCCCACGCCAUCAGAGCCUCGGAUGUGCGGACUGAGCGAGGGCCCCCAGACCUGGCUGUUGAGACUCCAGAGCCGCGCUCUCCUGAGUGCGCUGCAGCGCAGCUUGCCCAGGUGGGUUCCGGCUGCUCGCGAAGCGGAGCGACGCACAGAAAAGCGGCUGCGGCAACGCCUAGCGCAAGCCUUGCGAAGGCUGGAGUCGCUGCAGGCUCUACUGACCGACGCUACUCGCCAGGAGGAGUAUACAACCCCUGCCCAACCCGCGGCGCUGGGGCCGCAUACCCGGCGACCUCUGGAGGCCUUCCUGGAGAGCGAGGCGCUGGAACUGAGACAGCUGGUAGGCUUGCUACAGCGCGACCUGCGCUGCCUGUGGCAGCAGCUGAAGGGCGGCCCCCCGUGCGCCUCCCGGCGCUGUGUCGCGGUGGCCCACGCUCUCUGGACUGGCCUCCUACCCCCACCUUGGCGACUCCAUGCGCCCGCCAGUCUGCAGCCGCCCUGGCACUGGCUGGGGCAGCUGUCGCGCCGGGGCCAGUUGCUGGUUCGCUACUUGGCGGUGGGCGUGGACGCCCGCACAAACGCACCCGAACGCGUCUUUCACCUGUCAGCCUUUUGCCACCCGCGCCGCCUGCUGCUGGCACUGCGUUGGGAGGCUGCCCUGCACCAGUACGUGCCCAGCCCGAAUGUCUCAGGUAGCCGAGGCCUCGGCUCCAGCCAACUCCCGCAUAAACGUCAGGAGCUGAACGGCAGCCCUCUGCACCUUCGGGUGGAGAAUGACCCAAAUCCCACGAUCCCAGAGAUGGGGCUGCUGCUGAUCGGGCUACAGGUCCUGCACGCAGAAUGGGACCCGAUCGCUGGGGCCCUGCAGGACAAUCCUUCCAGCCAGCCCAGCCCACUGCCUCCAGUCAGCGUCAGUGCCCGGGCCCCAGUUGCCAGUGACUUGCCACAUUCUGCGGGACUGGCUGUGUACUCCUGCCCUGUGUACAUGGCAGGACCUCUUGGCACCACGAAGCUGCACAGCAGGAACAUCUUAAUGCACCUGCCCCUGCCCACGAAGCUCAGCCCAGCCACCUGUGUCCAACGCAGAGUCCAUGUGUGCAGUCCACCCCUGAUCUGAGCCCUCUACUAAAAUAAAGUUGUAGCAAUUUCUGAGAUCUGGAAGGAGUAGGGUGAGCACACUGAAAGUGUAGACUUACACAUAUGGAGGGGAAAGCACAUGUGCACAGUGGAAAGAGGAAGUGCAUUCACAGGGAAGGUAGAAGAGGGCGUGGCGUGUGCCUAGUAGCUGGAGAAGGGAGAGCACAGGUACCCCUGGGGGAGCGAGACCAAGUAUUCAUCAAGGGGCUAAGCAGAUCCAGCAAUGGCUAGCAUCCAGAAUCCUGAAUCCUUGCCCUGCUCUCUACUGUGGUCUCAGCAGCUGCAAUAAAGCCACGAGGGAUAUUUUGGGGACCUUGAGAAGUCAAAAUGCUUUCUUAAAGCAUUUAAUGGUAUUAUGGAGAAUGUUCCAAUCCUAACUUAUCCCUACUUAAUGAUGAGUUCCGAGACCAGACACAUGACAAACAAAAGCAAAGUAAGACACAAGGCCCUGUGUUCACUCAACAAUUCGUAAUUGAUGCUCCUCAGAAGCAGGUGUUCUUCCAGGCACUGAUGAGGCUAUUCUAGUGCAUGGCAACAGGCAGUAAAAUGCCAUCAUAAACAAUCUGGAUGGUUUGAAGUGCUAUAAUGAAAACAAAACAGGCCUGUGUGUUAUAGAGUGACCAGGUGGAGCAAGUAAUAAAGUUUGGGUGGUCAGGGAAGGCUUUCUGAAUAUCCGAGAGCUAUUUGAAGGAGUAUUCAGGUAAAGCCUUCGGCAGGUGCAAGUCUUGAGGCAGGAACAGUCUUGAUAUGCUCAAGGAACAGAAUAUGUAGCAUGGUGAGAGAGAGGUAGGAGGGUUCAAAAUGACAGAGAAGUAUAGAAAGGGGUAGAUCACAUGGUUAUAGUAAUGGGCUUAUAUUUUCGAAAAUGAUAAGAAUCUAUUGAAGAGCAGUAGGUA